AUGCCCAAGAUAAUGGAUAAAUGCUUGCCUAAAAUCGUCGUUUCUGUGGGCUUCUGUCGAACUUUUAAGAUUGACCACAAAUAUGCCCUUCAACAAACUUAUCUUUCUAUUGAUAUUUUAUCUGAUCAAGAUAAUGCUAUUGAUAUUCCAAUUGAAUUUUUGAAUUCUUUGAAUCCAUCUGGCCUUCCUCCGCAUAAACUGGACUUGAAAAUUGGGGCUCCCAUAAUACUUAUGAGGAAUUUAAAUGCGCCGGUACUAUGCAAUGGUACUAGAUUACGGAUAGUAACUAUGCAGAGGAACGCGAUUGAAACUAAAAUUCUUUCCGGCUCAGCCCAAGGUCAAGUUGUUUUCAUUCCCAGGAUGCAGAUGAUUACUAAUGAAUACCCGUUCGAAUUUAAACGAGUACAAUUUCCUUUAAAGCUUUGUUUUGCUAUGUCUAUCAAUAAGGCACAGGGACAGACACUGAAGGUUGCAGGCCUUGACAUUACGAAUCCCUGUUUUACCCACGGAUAA